AUGCUGUCGCUGUACGAGCAGUUCCACGAGCAGCGAAUUGAGUACCAUGUGGAUUUCUAUCGCGCGUGUCACACAAGCGAUUGCCACACAAGCGAUUACGAUUCAUACGUGUUUCUACCUUUCGUCAAGCACCGUAACGGGAGCAAUGCGACGAAAGAAGUGCACGGAUGUUUGCAUCAGUUCGAAGAGCUGCUGGGCCAUGAUGCCUUCCGGUCGUCUUCACACAUUGACCUGCACGAGUUUGGCCAGUAUUUGGCGCAAACGUACAGACAGCCAAGUGCACAGGCGAUGGGCGUGGCAGUCGAUCCAUCUGGAUUCGGCGUCUAUGUUGGCAUGCUGCAUCGUAUGGCCACACAUGAGAUGAAAGAGAUGAAGACGCACGAGCAACAGCUGCAACGUGAAGUUGGGGAAAAGCUAUUGCAAAUCACUAAGGAGAAAUUCAGCGACGACGAUCGACACCAGACGCUGCAGGAACUGCUUGAGCAAUUCAAUGGACGGUCGAGUCAACAGGAGAAACGAUGA